CUGUAUCAUAUAUUAUAUUUCGCACAGUAUUUCCGAGUAGUCGUUCACACUUUUAGUGGAGAUGUCUCGGCAGAAAAGAGACACUAUCGCCGGCAAUAUACUGAUCCCCCAAAAAUUUGAUAACUCAGCAUUAUACAUAUAUAGAAAACCCAACCCCACCCAGACCAAAGUAAUUGAUUCAAGAGAAUCGUUGAAUGGUCCAUAGAGGUUUACAAGUAUUAAUCCAUAGUUCUAGUAAAAUAAGGAAUUGUAAAUCAAUUACGAAACAUCGCCAUUUAUCCUCGGCAUUACCUAAUUAUAAUCUAAGACAAUUUAAUACCAUGACAUCAACAUCAUAUCAAAGUUAUACAACACUUGAAGAACAAAAGAAUAAUAUUUAUUUUGGAGCCGAAGUGGUUAAUAGAGUGUCAUUUCUUCGAGAAGAUAGUGAAUUUGUAAGUAAAAGUUUACUUCAUCCAUCAACAAGAUUUAUAUUUUAUCUUGAUAGUGAUCCAUUAGUUAGUAAAUAUUUAGAAAAAAAAUUAAUUGUAUUAACAAAUGGUUCAAAUCAAUUAAGAAAUAAUGAUAAUUAUGAUACAAAUUCUAAAGAAUUUAGUAAAGGAUUAUUAAAUAUUUCUGAUUUAAAUUGGUUAGAAAUUUUAAAUCAAUUUCAACAUGAUAAUAAAGAAAAACAUCCAAGUUUAAGAGAUGAAAAACCAAGUUUUUUAUUUCUUGGAUUAUUUGAUCAAAGUGUUGGAUUAGAUUUAUUAAAAUUAAAAAUGGAAGAUAUUUCUAUAGAUGAAGAAGGUAGUCAAGAUGAAAGAUAUUUAGAUUAUCAAGGUAGAUAUCAAGGUAUACCAUAUUAUGCAGUAGAUUUAACUGAUAGUCCUGAAUUAUCAAAAUUAAUUAUAUCAUUUGUUAAUGAUAGAAUUAAUCUUGUAUCAAAUACUCCAGAAAAAACUCCUGAUGAUAAUGGAAUUUUUUAUACAAAAUCUAGAAAACAUUAUUUAACUUUUACAAAUGUUGAAGCUGCUUUAUAUUCUCAUGGUAAAAUGUAUUUUGAUUGGAUUAAUAGAAAUAGAUUUUGUCCUGGUUGUGGUCAUAAAGUAAUUCCAAUUCAUGCUGGUGGUAAAUUACAUUGUACAAAUCAAGAAACUUUUAGUGAUAAUGAAGGUAAAAUAAAAAGUAAUUGUCCAGUUAAAAGAGCUCAUGUUUCGAAUGUAACUUUCCCUCGUACUGAUGCAGUGGUAAUUACUGCAAUUACUAAUGAAGAAAGAACUAAAAUUUUAUUAUCAUUAGGUAAAAGACAUGCAGCUACUAGAAUGUAUGCAUGUACAGCAGGAUUUAUGGAACCAUCUGAAACAGUUGAAGUUGCCCUUAAACGAGAAAUUUGGGAAGAAACUGGAGUUAGAUGUAAUUCAAUUGAAUUGGUUAUGACACAACCUUGGCCAUUCCCUGGUAAUCUUAUGAUUGGAUGUUUAGCCGUGGUUCAAUUUAAUGGAGAAAAUGAAAUCAUUCAUUUAGGUCAUGAUAAAGAGUUGGAAGAUGCUAAAUGGUUUGAUAUCUCAUUUAUUAGAAAACUUGUAUAUCCUGAAGAAGCAGCCGAUGAAAAUAUUGAAGAUUACAAUCCGGAUAUGAUCUUGAUUCCUAUGCCUGAAUCAGUUGCAUUUCAAUUAAUUAAAAUGAUUAUUGAUCAAGCAGCAGAUAAACAUAAGUUAAAGGACAAUAAGUUAUAAACACUAUUUUAAUAACAUUCUAUAAGUAAAUGUAUCAACAUAUAUUCAAGACUUAAGAUAUAUUAACUAUGGUGCGCUACCAUGUGCGCUCAAAAUUAAUUAUUAUGUAAAGCAAUUGUUACAUUUAGGUAUGUUUAACUGACACACAAAACCUUUAUAUAAUAAUGAUACUAUUAUUUCAUGUACUUCUCUUGAGCAAUUCUCUGACGUAAUACAUACUUACACUAAUGACUUUAGUGUAAUACAGUAGACGAUAUUAAGCAUAUUAGCGAUUAAUAUACUGCGGUAAGGAGGCGCGGAAGUAUUGCGUCAAAAGGAAUGGCAAAAGGAAAUAAAAUCGAUCGGA